AUGGCCGCGGCUGGCGCGAGGGCUCAAAAGCCCGUCGGUUCUGCCGCAUGGAUUGCUGCGGAGAAAGAAAACAUGGCGGAAUUAGUUGAGCAAGAGAUGGAGGAGGUAGAAUACCCCGUUCGGCACGAGAUGGACUGGCUGAACGAGCAUAUGGCCGAAAUCUUCUCCAAAGGUCAAACGAACUUUACCGAUGUCUUUAAAACGCCAGGCAAAAUGAGAGGGAAAACACCUCGCACGGCACGCAAACGAAAUGUGGAAGAAAGUAGAGUGCCAUUGAGUGAAAUAUUUUCUUCGGCUCACAAACACGGAGACAUCAGAGCAAGCCCUAGUCCCUUCAUUCAUCGUGUCAUCUCCAAAUCUACAGCCGCGGCAAUGCCUGCUUCUCCUCGCCCCCGAGAUGCAGAGAAAGAGUUGCAACCAUAUUAUCCAACUCUUCGUUCAAACUUGAACUCCUUCCAGACCUAUAACACUGAUUCGGGAUAUCAUGGAAUGGAAGGUUUUGACGACGUGGUUCUACCCGAUACGCAGCCGAAUACCCAGGUGUCCACACAACAGAUGGAAGUGGAAGUGGAAGUGGAAGAGCCGACAGUGUUGAGUCCUCAGGUCGAAAUCUCACUAAGUCAACAAGCAGCUGAUGACUCCUUCCACUCCGCCCAGGAGAAUGUUCGUGCACGGGAAGAGACGGUUGAGCCUACGAAUAUGGAGCCAACUCCCGUGCAAGAACGCACUCCAACACCUCCAGAGACGCUUUCUAAGCAGGUGGAACCAGACAUGAGCUUCACUCCAACCCCCAAGACACAACCCAAGGCUAAGUUGAGCCUCGGAAAGCAGAAGCAGCAGGAGAAGCUUUCAGGUCCACAAGAUUCUAUCACCCAGAGCGAGGUCCAAGUUGAGCCGGUUUUGCAGGCCGAAGAUAACGACAACUCCCCGGAAGACCCCCAGGAUGAAGCCCAAGACGAGGUCCAAGACGAGCUUCGAGAUGAGCCAGUUUUCCAGGCACAGUCCUCCCCGGCGAAGCCAGUUGCUGUUGAAACCCCCAAGGUACAAGAAAGCCCGGAGCAUGAGGAUUAUCAUGUGGACAUGGACACAGAUAUGGAGGAUCACGCCAAAGAAGACACAGUGCUCGACAGCUUCGAUGAUAUUGGUUCGCCCUCCGACAACUCUACACCGGAAAGAGGGCUUGUUCGGAAGAGUAGUCUGAGCUUUGCCUCUCUUCCAGCACGGGAACCUCUAACUAAGAGCAUUGGGGGCUCACGACUUUCCCGUACUAGCCACAUCGAUCUCCCCAAGUUGAGCAACGCCAGUAGACUCAGUUACAUUGGGAGACAAACUGGUAGUUAUAAAACUACUCAGGUCACAUUGGACGAUAACCUUCGCAGUUCUGGCUCCAUGGAUCUUGAUGAAGAGAAGGAUAUGGGCGACAAGACGUAUGCGGAGCAGGCCAGCAAAUUUCACAGCACAAAAUCUACUCAGAGCCUUCAUGAAAGAAUCAGCAUGCUUGGAAAAGCUCAGCCUUCACGACCAAAGAAGUCAAUCGCAGCACCGGCAGUGGGGCUUGCAUCUGCCAGUCAGGUCGCCUAUCCAGACCUACCUACCACCAAAGUCGAAUCCAAAGCCGAGAUUUCAGAUUCUAAGACUCGUGACAUUCUCACCUCGGAUUCUGCGGCAGCCGAAGAUGAUUGGAUUCCCGAACGGCCGACCCUUGAAAAGAGCAAAUCUGCAGAUGUUAUGGAAAACCUUAACUCAGAUAUAAACUACCCGGUGACCAAAAAGGACGCAGCUCCCAGCAAAGAGAAGCAUUCUGCUGAGCCGGAACGUCCCAAGUCAUCAUACUCAAUUUUCUCUUCGCCUCGCCCUCAUGGCCAUCAACAAAGCGCCUCUCUAUCAAAUAUUACUCCCGCAAUUUCAACUACUCCUACCGGGUCUCCUCGGCGAUACGAUGGUCCAAUCAGCGCUUCAAAAACACGGUUGCAAUCGAUCAUGAAGAGCGCCAAGGGAUUGUUUACAAGCACUGGCAGCUCGGCCCGGAUUGAAACAUCAUCACCUGAGCAAUCUCGUAUUCAGCGGAAACAGCAAGUGACUGCUGAAAAGAGUGACGAUGAACCAGAUCACCGCCGCAAACAGGCACAGCCUCGUCAAUUGACUGGUUCCCCGCGACCGGAAGGUCGUCGAACACGCAGCUCCACUGAAAAGGAGCAGAAGCAGCGGCAGAAGGAUUUGGAGGACCGACAACUUGAAGAGUCUCGUCAAGAGAAGAUGCGGGAACAAGAAAGGCAACACGCUAUUCAACUAAAAGCUACCCAUGACAAAUCAUCCGUCGAGCCAGAGGAGCGAAUGAACACCCAAACUCAGAAGCCCUCGCAGUCAUUACGACCGCAGAGCCGCGAGCCUGAACCGGUUCAAGAAGCCUCAAGAAUUGCUAUGCCUCAAUCCAAGCAAAACGAUCGACGCCCUAAGCCAACUCGUGAACCCAUGCAAAAGCCAAAGCCACAACCCGUAUCUGUUCGAGUUGGUAGCACCCUGUCUCGUGCAAUCCCAAUGCCCACGGCUUCUACCAAUGUUCAAGAGUCGAGUGUUCCGUUACCUGCAUCAAAGCCGGGAACUUUGAAGAAGAAACCCAGUAACAAUUCUCUACACACUGCCUCUUCCGCCAGCAGCUUCAAGAGCUCGGUUUCGAGCCAGACUCAGGCUCAGCGAAAGGCUCAACUUGCCAGCGAUAGGAAACGGGAGCAGGAAGAGAAGAAGCGAGAGCAAGAGGAGAAGAAGCGGGAACAGGAAGAACGAGAGACUCGUCGGAAAGAGGAACAAAGGCGAGAACAGGAACGUAAGCGAGCUUUGCAACUCAAACAGCAGGAAGAAGCCCGCCGACAAGCUGAAAGUCGAGCUGAGGCGGACCGAGAGCGCCGAGAACAGUCCGUUCAGGAAGAUUCCCAAAGAGCAGCGAACAAGCAGGCAAUUGAGAAGUGGCGGAUGGAAAACAUGCGGAGACAAGAGCCGGGUGUGCCGCGGCCUGCUUCGCGUUUAGGUUCUCUUCAGCCCUACGGUCGAUCAGUCAACACACCUGCUUCCAAUCCUGCUAAGCCACCCAAGAGAGUGAUGGAGGAGGAUGCAGGUCAUCGACCCGCCGUUAGGAAACCCAGCAAUGUGCAGCCCUCUGGCGAGGCCAAGCGCGUCAAGACCGACGACGAGCACGGGCAAAAUAUCCGAACAAUCGGCCGUCCAGUCCGCCCAUCCAACACGAUUCGCAAGCCUUCAUUGUUUAGCCAAUCUGGCAUGGGUCAUCAGGGUGGCUCUUCGGUGUUGAAAAUUGGUCAACCUCAAAGACCCGGACCUGGUCACCCUAUGGAUAUGUCCUCGCUAGCGACUGGCAAGAUCCCCUUCGCCGAACCUAACCGCGCACCUCCACCAUCAGCACACAAGCCUUCUGCUCCUAGCUCCGUUCACCGAAACCCUGCUCCACCCAAGCCCUCCCCCAAGUACCCUAGCGGUGAAAGUAUCCACCUUCCCGAGAUUGCUACGGACAGCGAGGACGAGGAUGACUCGGACUCGGAGAUGUUCCCCGUGCCGAAGUGGGCGCAGGCCAAGGAAUUGCAAGACCUUCUUGUUGAACAGGACGGAAUGGAGGUGGACUCCAUCUUUGGACCUAUCGCGCCUUUCUCUUUGGAAGACACCUUCAAGGCCGACAAAAAGAUUAAGAAGUACCGCGACCGAACUAGCAGUGCUAACUGGUCUGGUCCAGAUGGUCUCACUCAGGAGGAGAUUCGUAGAGAUGUGGCCGAUCGACAAAAGCUUCGUCGUAAUGGCGGAUGGUCCUUCAACGCUUGA